CUCUUUUUUUUUUUUUCUGAGCGACCGGGGCGACCUAAAACCGCACCUCCGGUAGCAGCUAGCGAGCUCGCACCGUUGCACGCAGUUCGUGUCGUCUGCAUGCAUGGAGGCAGCGACGGCGGCGGCGGCGGCGGCGGCGCCUGGAGGCUGUGCGAGGAUGCGACGGGUGGCUCUCGGCUUCGUGCUGCUGCUCUCGGUGUGUGUCCGUGCGAGCCAUGGCGUGACGGAUAGCCAGGACACAUCUGUUCUCCGCGCGCUGAUGGAUCAGUGGCAGAACGCGCCGCCAACCUGGGGGCAGUCUGACGAUCCAUGCGGCGAUGCGCCGUGGGAUGGGGUGGUAUGCAGCAACAGCAGAGUGAUCUCCAUUAAGAUCUCUACCAUGGGCAUCAAGGGAGUUCUAGCUGCUGACAUAGGGCAACUGACUGAGCUGCAAUCCCUGGACUUGUCAUUUAAUAAGGACCUUGGCGGUGUGCUCACUCCGAACAUCGGAAACUUGAAGCAGCUUACCACCUUGAUUCUGGCCGGUUGCAGUUUUCAUGGCACCAUCCCUGAUGAGCUAGGGACUCUGCCAAAACUGUCAUACAUGGCAUUGAACUCAAAUCAGUUCUCUGGAAAAAUACCAGCUUCUCUGGGCAAUCUUUCCAACCUCUAUUGGUUUGAUAUCGCCGAUAAUCAAUUGACAGGUCCCUUACCGAUCUCGACAAACGGUGGAAUGGGUCUAGACAAGCUUCUCAAAACCAAACACUUCCACUUCAACAAGAACCAAUUAUCUGGUUCAAUCCCAGAUGCCCUCUUCAGUCCUGAGAUGACGCUGAUCCAUUUGCUUUUUGAUGGGAACAAAUUCACUGGUAAUAUCCCAGACUCUCUUGGGCUUGUCAGUACACUUGAAGUUGUCCGGCUUGAUAGAAAUUCCCUCUCAGGGCCAGUUCCAGAGAAUCUGAAUAACCUCACCAAAGUAAACGAGCUCAACUUAGCCAAUAACCAGCUUACCGGCCCAUUGCCUGAUCUAUCGCAGAUGACCCAACUCAAUUAUGUGGAUCUGAGCAACAACACGUUCGACCCUUCUCCCAGUCCACAAUGGUUUUGGAGGCUGCCACAGCUCUCAGCUCUGAUCAUACAAUCCGGGAGGCUUUACGGCUCCGUGCCAAUAAGGCUAUUCAGCAGCCCACAGCUGCAGCAAGUGAUCCUGGACGGCAACGCGUUCAACGGCACCCUGGACAUGGGCAAGAGCAUCAGCAGCGAGCUGAGCAUCGUCAGCUUCAAGGACAACGAGCUCUCCUCCUUCACGGUCACCGCCAGCUACAACGGCACCCUCUCGCUGGCCGGCAACCCGGUGUGCAACCAGCUGCCGAACACGCAGUACUGCAACGCGACGCAGCGCGCGGCGGCGGCGGCGGCGUACUCGACGAGCCUGGUGAAGUGCUUCUCCGGGGCGUGCAACGCGGCGGCGGGGCAGAGCCUGAGCCCGCAGAGCUGCGCGUGCGCGUACCCGUACCAGGGCGUCAUGUACUUCCGGGCGCCCUUCUUCGGCGACGUGACCAACGGCACGGCGUUCCAGGAGCUGGAGAGCCGGCUGUGGACCAAGCUGGGCCUCACCCCGGGCUCCGUCUUCCUGCAGGACCCCUUCUUCAACGCGGACUCCUACAUGCAGGUCCAGGUCAAGCUCUUCCCCUCCGCCGGCGCCUACUUCAACCGCUCCGAGGUCAUGCGCAUCGGCUUCGACCUCAGCAACCAGACCUUCAAGCCGCCCAGGGAGUUCGGCCCCUACUACUUCAUCGCCUCGCCCUACCCGUUCCCAGAGGACCGGUCGUCGUCGAAGAGCAGGAGCGCCAUCAUCGGGAUCGCGGUCGGCUGUGGCGUCCUGGUCGUCGCGCUCGUCGGUGCCGCCGUGUACGCGCUCGUGCAGCGGCGGCGCGCGCAGAAGGCGAGGGAGGAGCUCGGCGGGCCGUUUGCGUCGUGGGCGAGGAGCGAGGAGAGGGGCGGCGCGCCGCGGCUGAAGGGGGCGAGGUGGUUCUCGUACGAGGAGCUGAAGCGGAGCACCAACAACUUCGCGGAGGCGAACGAGCUCGGGUACGGAGGGUACGGCAAGGUGUACAGGGGGAUGCUGCCGACGGGGCAGUUCAUCGCCAUCAAGAGGGCGCAGCAGGGCUCGACGCAGGGCGGGCACGAGUUCAAGACGGAGAUCGAGCUGCUCUCCCGCGUCCACCACAAGAACCUCGUCGGCCUCGUCGGCUUCUGCUUCGAGCAGGGCGAGCAGAUGCUCGUCUACGAGUUCAUGUCCGCCGGCACGCUCCGCGAUGGCCUCUCCGGGAAGAGCGGCCUGCACCUCGACUGGAAGAAGCGGCUGCGCGUGGCGCUCGGCGCGGCGCGCGGGCUGGCCUACCUCCACGAGCUCGCCGACCCGCCCAUCAUCCACAGGGACGUCAAGUCCAGCAACAUCCUCAUGGACGAGCACCUCACCGCCAAGGUCGCCGACUUCGGCCUCUCCAAGCUCGUGUCCGACACCGAGAGGGGCCACGUCAGCACCCAAGUGAAAGGAACACUGGGUUACCUGGAUCCUGAGUACUACAUGUCCCAACAGCUGACCGAGAAGAGCGACGUAUACAGCUUCGGUGUGGUCAUGCUCGAGCUGAUCAUCGCCAAGCAGCCGAUCGAGAAGGGGAAGUACAUCGUCCGGGAGGUGAAGCGGGCGUUCGACGCCGGCGACACCGAGUUCUGCGGCAUCAGGGACAUGAUAGACGCCAGGAUCAUGAACACCAACCACCUGGCCGCGUUCAGCAAGUUCGUCCAGCUGGCGCUCCGGUGCGUCGAGGAGGUCGCCGGGGCGCGGCCGUCGAUGAGCGAGGUCGUCAAGGAGAUCGAGAUGAUGCUGCAGAGCGAGGGGCUGAGCAGCUCCUCCACGUCGGCCUCGACGUCCGCGACGGAGUUCGACGUCACCAAGGGCGCUCCUCGCCAUCCUUACAAUGAUCCUCUCCCGAAGAAGGACAAGGACAUGAGCACCGACUCGUUUGACUACAGCGGAGGAUAUUCCUUCCAAUCCAAGAUCGAACCCAAGUAGUAGAAGAUAGCCGGAUUGGGAUUCUGUUUUUGGUCGACCUUUUCUUCCUCCUCACCAAGUGGAUUAUCGAAUAUGUAGAGAUCCGACGAAAUUUUCAUUUUAUGUGGUUCGUACAUUGACACUCUCUUAAGAGUGAUUUUGGAUGGUGAUUUUCUAAUAUAUAUUGUUAGAAGCAUCAUGAAAGA